ACUUUAGCCCACUACAACCGUCCCAUUUGCAUGCGACCGUUUCCCUUCAGAUUGUAAGGUAAUUUACAACCGGGUUUUCUCCCAUCAUCUACACAAUCCUCAAAAUAGAAUAUCCAUCUUCCAAAACAUCAUCCAAUUCCUCAUAGACAUUCCCACAAAAUGGCCGACUCAAACGCUCCGAAGCCGAGCAGUAGUGUCAAGUUGGUGCUGCUUGGUGAGGCCGCUGUAGGAAAGUCUUCGCUUGUCCUGCGAUUUGUCAAUAAUGAUUUUCAAGAGAAUAAAGAACCCACCAUCGGUGCCGCCUUCUUAACGCAAAAAUGCAACCUACCUACGAGAACGAUCAAGUUCGAGAUCUGGGAUACAGCAGGCCAGGAGCGCUUUGCUUCUUUGGCACCUAUGUACUACCGAAAUGCCCAAGCUGCGCUCGUCGUCUACGAUCUCACGAAGCCAACGUCACUCAUCAAAGCCAAGCACUGGGUAGCGGAACUGCAAAGACAAGCAUCGCCAGGGAUCGUCAUCGCUCUCGUCGGUAACAAGCUCGACCUUACUAAUGACAGCGAAUCCGGACAGGCCGACAGCGAAGUAGCUGAUGGAGAGGAAUCCGGGGACGCUCGAAAGAUUUCCACAGAAGAAGCAAAGACGUAUGCUGAGGAGGAGAGCCUAUUAUUCUUCGAGACAAGUGCGAAGACAGGUCACAAUGUUUCGGAAGUCUUCACCGCGAUUGCGAACGCCAUCCCCGAAACAUCACUAAAGAGCACGAGAGGCCCGGGAGCUUCUAGCGCGGCCAACAGAGGUGGUGAGGAGCAGAGGGUAAACUUGAAUGGACCUCGAGAAGCAGCAAAGGAAGGGUGCGCGUGCUAAUUUCUCUAGAGAGAUUCUCUAGAGAGAUGGUGGGGAGUGUCGAUGGUAGUUUCAUUACGGUCAUGACUACAUUUCACCUUGUAAUAUGGAGCGAUGGUUCAUUGGGACUCGGUAUCUGGACUCUUUUCGAUGAGUAUUCUUUUUCUUCCCUUUAUUUUGUUAUUUGCGAGCAAAUACAGCGCAAGCCCUGAAGCAGACAGACUUCUUGUGACGAAUAAUAAGUCCGGAAUUUAGAGUAGCACACGAGUCGGGUGCGACCCCCUACGCAUUAUCGUAGCAUCAGACUAUGUAUGUUUUUCCAUAUAUGCGUUGGUAGAAUUUAUUGUCGCGUGUAAUACAUUACAAUAUAACAUA